AUGGGAGGCCGCUGUCUCUCUGCUUCGAACACUCCGGCUGUUCCGCCAACUGCUGCAGCCGCACCGCCAGAGGAAGAUGUGUUCCCGAUCCGCGCUGACACCGGCUCGCCCGCCCUCACCAAGGCGCAACUGCGGGAGCAGAUGUACCUGGAGGCCAGCAUCAUGUACGAUACGAGGUGGUCGGGACAGUUCUCUUGGCUUGUCUUCGGGAAAACCAAGGAGGGGUUUCCCUAUGUGAAGUGCAGCGUCUGCAUGGCCUACGGGAAGGAGAACACAAGGUACGCGAGGCAGGGUGAUGACGGAGGCCGUGACCUGCAGACGCAGGCGUUUCGUGCACACGAGCACACGGACGCGCACACAGCGGCUGUUGAUCGGCAGCUGAAGAUUGCGAAGGGCAUCCGCGAGGGGCAGCAAGUGAUUUCGAACUUCAUCAACUCGGACGUCGAGGGCAGGCGCGCAGUCCGACUGUUGCGGUCUGUUGUGUUUCUGUGCAAGUGCGACGCGCCGAUAAGCAUGUACCCUAGGCUGAUGCGGCAUCUUGCGGAGCAGGACACGCCCGACAUCCCGAGGCAGUCUUAUGGUGUCUAUCUUACAAGGGAGGCGCUGGCUGUUAAGGACGCGGCGACGUCCAACCCCGACCUGGGCAUGGUGGACAAGGUGGUGCGCACCGUGGCGGCAAAGCUUGGAGAUUCGUCGGUCUGGAGCCAACGCUUCAAGUACCUGCAGCGUGUGAUCUACAACACUAACCUCGAAGUCCAGGGGAUCCACACGGUUCGCUGGCUGUCGCGCGGAGAUGCGGUGAGGCGGCUGUGCAAGGUGCUCGGUGCGUGUAUCGUUCUUCUCUGGGAGAGGAGUCACAAGGUGUACGAGAUCGUUACGUGCUACAAGUUCCAGUUCUGCCUGUUCUUCCUGGCCGACAUCCUCGCCGACAUGAACGACCUCAACCGCUGUUUCCAGAAGCGUGAUAUUGAUGUAACGGAGAUUUCCAAGACCAUCGAGGCCACCACGGCGGAUCUGACGGAGCGGUAUUUUGAUACCGACAAGCAAUUCGGGGGUGAGGGCAAGUGCUGGCUGGUCGGCUUUCUGAAGCUGUACGGGCAUGGUGGAGGCAAGAAGGUUCGUGUAAGAGGCGUGGACGGGGAGGGACGCCCAGUCAACCAUAUGUACACCAUUCACGAGCGGAAGCUCCCGGGGCACAAGGUGGGGAGCGGGUACGAGGACUGCGUGAAGCUGUGCCGCAGUUUUGCCCGCGAUUGCGUGGGCAAUCUCAACGAGCGGCUUGAUGACCUGGGGAAGCUGGGGCCGACGAAGCUGUUUCGUUCAGGAAAGUGGCCGAAAAUCAAGGCUCAACGGGAGAAGAAGUGCCGUGAGUGGCUUCUGGGAUGCAGCAAACUCUUCCGCCACAAGCUGCCGGGAUUUGACCUCAAGGCCGCAGAGAGAGAGCUUCCCACAUUCUGCGCGAUCAUGGAGGCGCACCACGAGCUGGAAAGCUUCACGCAGGGACUGUCCAACAUUCUCGGGAGCACAGACUCGAAGAGGUCUAUGAGGAGGAGGCGCCCCGCAAAGACCGUGAAGCUUGCUGUGGCUGAGCGUGAAAGGAGGGGGAAAGCAAAGGAGGGUGAAGUCGAAGCAGGAGCUGCCCACCAAAACGACGGGGAGGAGGAGGAGGAGGAGAAGGAGGAGGAGGAGGAGGAGGAGGAGGAGGAGGAGGAGGAGUGUGAUGUGGAACAGGUAAUGGGCGACGAUCAGGAGCUUGUGGGGGAGGAGGAGGAGGAGGACAACCCCUUCCUUUCGGACGAUGAGGAUGUGGAGGAGGUGUUCCACAUCGAUAGGCCUGUGCACUAG